AUGCCCCCAAGUCUCCUUUCAAGCGUCGCUGCUGUUGCUUUCGCCACUGCCCUGGUGGCGGCUCCCACUGCUGCUGCCGGCAAAAACAGCACCGCUGCCCACGCUCCGUUCGGAACCAUCAAGUCCAAGCCUGGUGAGUGCGUCGUCGGCGACCCGAACACCUACAUCAGCCCCAAGGACCUCCAGUGGAUUUGGGACAACCGCAUGAAGUCGGACGUGGAGUCCUUGGACAACUGGGCCAUGGACCACAUCGUGGCCAACAAGGGCACGCUCAACUAUUGCGUCCGUUGGGACAGCCAGACCAUCUCGCUCACCAAGGAGAACGCGAAGAAAAUCGAGACGAUGCUGAACCGUCAGUACGCCGCGUGGAACCACUGGCUCAUCGGCUACGACUGCUGGCCGUACGACGAGAUCAAGGUCAACAUCGUUGGCUGGGCUGGUCGCAAAGCGUCCGACUUCGAGUGGUCGGACGACUCGCUGGGCAAGAUCUACAUCGGCGACCUCGACCAAAACGGAGUCCCGCAGUGCCCGCAGAACUGCUACCGCACGCCGGACGGGUCUGGUGGCUGGUCAGAGUCCAGCGGCUGUGAAGGCGAGCCGUUCGACAUCUCGGUGUGGCCCACGGAGGGUAUGACGAGUGGGCUGGGCAAAUACGACUUCCAGCAGUACGGCCUCGAAAUUGUGCUGGAGCACAUGGAGGAAGAGCAGUUUUACUUCGCCAUCCACGAAACCGGCCACAGCUUCGGACUGCCAAACUUCUACGAGAUGCCCCAGCCGCCCAACUUCAAGCCCUGCGUCAUGUGGGCGCUGUCGUCGAUGACGAUGAAGGACACGGACGGCUGGAUGAUUCGCCGCGUGCUCGAGAACAAGAAGCACAAGUACGACUUCUAA